GUGGGAAUGUGCUCAUUCUGAAGACCUGGGGCGAGCAGGGAGGCCCUCACAUGCAGGCUCUGCACUUCAGCUUUGCUGCUGGGGCCUUUGUGUCUCCAAUCAUUGCAAAGUUGCUGUUUGGGCCGGAUGGAAAUAGCAGCAUGGGACCCACGCCCACCAAUUCAACAUCUCCUGCCGCCACAGAACACCUCACCGUCUCUGACGCUCACAGGUUCAUCAGCUUCAUCCACAGCAGGAGCAGCACCCUCAAAUCCAUGUGGGCCUACAUUGUGAUCGGCUCUUAUAUCGGCCUCAUCUCGUUCCUCUUCUUCAUCCUCUACACCCGCAGCAGCAUGUCCCAUGACAAAGCUCGCACGUCGUCAGGAAAGCCCCUGGUGGCCAAACACCACACUGCUCUUGUUAUCCUGCUCUUCUUUUUUUUCUUUGGCUACGUGGGUGCUGAGGUGGCAUACGGCUCCUUCAUCUACAAUUUCGCCAAGGACUACGCACACAUGCCACAGUCGCAGGCAGCCGGGUUGAACUCGUUGUUCUGGGCAACGUUCGCUGCCUGUCGGGGGUUUGCCAUCUUCUUUGCGGCCUGUGCGUACCCGGGGACCCUGAUCCUGUUCAGCCUGGUGGGCACCACCAUCUCCUCCCUGCUUCUCUGCCUCUUCAGCAGUGAGAAAGUGGUCCUGUGGGUUUGCACUGGUCUCUAUGGAGCCUCCAUGUCCACGACCUUCCCCAGUGGCAUCACCUGGAUGGAGCAGUACACCACAGUGACGGGCAACACAGCGGCUGUGUUUGUGGUGGGCUCAGCACUGGGUGAGAUGGUGCUGCCUGCGCUUGUAGGCUUCCUGGGAAAGUUCUACCAAUACCCCUUUCUGAUGUACCUGUCACUCAUCACUGCCACCUUCACCUCCAUCCUCUUCCCCGUCAUGUACAAGCUAGCCUCUGCCCCUAAUGGUCAGAGCAGGAAACCCCGCGCCAUGGGUCGACCCGACGCCGACGACAGUGAAUUCCGUCAGGCGCUGCUGGAUUCAGGAGCCCAUGAUGAAGAGGAGGAGGAGGAGGAGGAGCCAGACAUCGAGGCGGAUCAAUGGAACGAUGCAGACUUUGAGGUGAUUGAGAUGGACGACACAGCGAGUCUCGUGAGUUCACCCAGCAAGGCUUCGUCUCCCCCCGAUGUCAGCGGUGUGAUGGAGCCUCGGUCCGCAGGGGGAGCCUCCUCCUCAGACUCCAUCUCUCUGGUAGGAGACUCCCCCAGACGGAAGCUGCUGCUCUCAGACAGAGAGAAGAGAGACUGAACUGGAAAGAUAUCAAUAUACUUCAGAUCAUUCACAGAACACAGGCAGCUUCACGUUUUAAAACUGCUGGAUGAAGGUUCGGAAGUCUGACACAAUUUUUUUUUAUUGCGAAGGAUUUUGUGUUGACCUACUCCUUCCACAGUGAGGUCAAAGGUCAGGGUCAGCUGUGGAACAGAAGUAAAAAUUCAGUGCCUUGCUCAAGGACAGAUGAGCAGAGUGAAUGAGUUGAGCCAUGGCCGCUCGCCCUGUUCUUCAUCGUCAUGCUGCCAAAAACGGAUGUCUCAAAACUGGAUUCUAGAUUGAAUGUGUGAUGGUGAUAGUUGUGUACGUGAAGUUGUGUGCACUUAUGUAAUAGGCAUUUUUGGUUUUUGUCAUGUCCUGUGAAGUGUCAAGUGGCUUGUGGUUCUUUAAAUCAUGUGUUGUUGCUGUGAUUCAUUAAGUUUUUAUUUAAAGAACUAAAUCAUUGAAAGAGGACGUUCAGAUACAUUGACUUUUUAUUAUAUCAAUCUCAAACCUCCACCUACAGCAAUGUCCAUUAAAAACACAGAAACACCUCCUUCAUAAUCAUUAUUUACAUUUAUACAAAUAGACAGAUCCUGUGUAUGGCUGUAUGUAGAAUUGAAGAUCAGGUCUUUACAGAGUUUGAUGACAGCUUUUCUUUCUGCACAGAAAAUUGGUAAUGUACACAAAACCAUAUGCACAGGGAAAUAAUAGACUCUUCAUGACAUACAUUAUCAAAAUACAGUAUUGCAACAGUCCCAGAUUUAAAAAAAAAAA